AUGUCGUCGAUGUUGGCCUGUGAAGCACGGUGUAUCAAAGAGGCUUGGUGUGCAUCGGAAAUCAAUGCCAGACGAAUGAAGUGCGCCUGCAGGAAGGUCUUCAUAGGUCUCAAGUGUGACCCCAGGCUCGAGGUUGUUCCGCAGCAGCAGCAGCAGCAGCAGCAGCAGCAGCAGCAGAGGAUGCAGUGGUUGCACUGUGGCGUGGCACGACCGUGGCCUGGUCGUCCCUUCCGUGGAAGAGGAGGGGCUUUCAACAAGAAGCUGCCUGCCUUCAUUCAGCACGUCAUGUCAAGUUGUGUCUGUCAGACAUACACCCGUCUCGCUUUGAUUUCAGCAAUCAUGGCUAGACUAUGUUGCUGCGGUCUGCGGCACCAAAAGAAGAGACUCGAUGGCGAGAAGAUGCCUAGCCAAGAUCCAGAUGGCUCAUCCACUCAUUCUUCUACAGCCUGCCUGGACCCUCCUGAUACCAAUGCCCUGGCUCUCUCACCCCAAUCCACAGCAGCCGAAUCCUCUUUGACCGAUCCCCUUCCUGGAGCUGCAGCAGAUGCCCUCGUCCAGUCGGGCGAGCUCGUUAUGGAGGACUCGGAAGACGACGAUGGCGAUGAUGGCCUGGCGCAGGGCAUCAGAAGCAGGGGCACCAGCACGGUACAGGUGGUCAAGGCUCGUCUCUGCCGCCAUCUCUCCCAGGACUCCCUGUCACGCCGCGUCGAAACCAUAGAGCAGAUAGCACAUCGCGCCAAGGUGAAGCGGCUCAUGCGCAAGCGGAUCCAGGAGGAGCUCCAGGACGAGACCGAUGACGCUGUCAGUGAACCAUCUACGUCUUCUUCCGGUCUCGUCUCGGCAUCUGCAACCAUUAGCGUCAACGGGCCCAGGGAUACCAUCGAGUUCAUGGUACAGGAGGACUCGAACAGAGAACCCCUCAUAUCCUCGCGAUCUAAAGUUCUGUCAUUAGACAAGGAGACCCGCCAACCAAAUGGCUGCUCUCUUUGUUCGCAAGAUCCGGCGGGCACUGAGUCUACCUUCACGCAGGCCGACUGCCACAAACACUCCAAACACUGCAGCUCCGGGCCGGACAGUCCAGCUUCUCCAGAACCUGGCCCAGGCCGGGUUCCCAGCUUCCGAGAUACCUCGUCCUUUGCCUCUUGGAGGCUGUCCCUCAGUGCGGCCAAGCUGGCUGAACUGCUCACGCCCGACAAAACCUUAUCGCCAUCCGGCCCAGUAGCUGGGAGCUUCUGCUCCGACGGCCUUUCCGUCACCGACAACCAAGGGCAGGCAUCCGUUAGGCGCCCCAGGAGCAACUCAUCAUCACUUGUGGUGCAGGGCCCAAGACUUAUGAGCAAGCUCAAUGCAAGCCAGGUGUCUCUGACUUCCAGCUAUCGCAUGCGCAUUCCGCCCUCCCAGUCUCUAGUCCGAGAGGAGUCGCCUGUUGGAUUAUGGCUCCGAACACAGAGCCAACAGUUUCGCCGCCCUCAGAGGAGGGAUUCCGGAGCCGUCGUCAUUGCAGAUAAUGACAGCCAUGACCCAGAUGACCCAUAUCGUCAUGAAACUACGGUGUCUAGACUCUCAGAACACAUUGACCACGUACGUGAGGAUCAUCAACUGCAAGUACCGGAGGGAGCUGCACGCUGCCCUCACGUCCUAGCUGGAGACGGAUAUAAUGUACGUCCCAGCGCCUGGCAAAUGGCUGUGCGUGAUGGCAGCGACAAACUUACCCGGACGACCCCACCGAGCGACACGCAGCCUAUCGUCCACUCCCUUGCAGGAAACCUUGGUGGUGCUUCUCGACCAGCAAAGCUAGACGAUGCUCCUAUCGUUUCGAAUGUCGUCAAGAAAGGUGUUGGUAGUUUGAAACUCCCCUCCUUCAGAUGGCCUUUUCUCCCCAACAAAGGUGCAGUCGGUGUUCGGCCAUGCCCAGCACCAAACUCGUGCCUUGACAACUCGAUUCUGGGUCCUGCCAACUCAAGUUCUCGAGAAAUGGAGGUGGAGUCUGGAUUGAAUACUUCUAGUCCCCGCCGAGAGCUUCUCUGCCGUCAAGAGCUCGCGAGGAGCCCUGAGGAACGGCCAUGCGGCGGUUCGCACCUUUUUGAAGCUCCUGCACCACCGCUGCCUGUGUGGAGCAGAGAUAAGGAGACCCAUCUUGCGAAGCUGGAAUUUCCAUUGUUUCACCUAUUCCCGAGUUCUGCUUACGGUAUACCAACGAUUUCACACCACUUCGAUGGCAGCGGCUCCGACAUCCGGCAGAAGGACACCAUAGGUCGUUCCGACCACGGCCAUCUCAAGGUCCCAUUGAACGAUAAUCGGGCCAACGAGACGAGAUCCAGCACCUCAGAAGCAAGAUCUACGGCUAAGGAUGGUGACAUCUCUCGGCCUCGUGGUUUCUCUUCGUCCAAGGAUGGCGAUGAGACAGCCGAGCUGUGGAGACGGGCGCUCAGAGCUGAGUCACUGCCGAGAUCCCAAAGGCGCAGCACGUCGUCACACGCACCCGCCACCGAGCUACGAGGGCUAGGUCACGAUGGUGAUCUACUUCAAGGCCCUCGACCAUCGGUGGAAGGGAGACGCAGUGGGCCCAAAAUGCAUGUUCAAUCUCUGAUUUGCAGUAAAACAUCGACGCAAGAGGACACGGAAGUGGUACGACAAACACCACUGGGAGCAUACACGUCUCCGAGAGAUCUGGCUUCACUGCUUGACAACCAAAAGCGAGCAUCCAAAGCUAUUUCUCGUCGUCCUCUGCCAUCUCCGCCACAGGCCAUCAGCACAACAUCCCAGUUGCCGCCAGCCUCCUGGGCCAGAUUUCCCUCGCAUAACCGCGACGAGCGUAAUGCUGUUGCUAAUGAGGCAGAUGAUGUCAAGCCAAAGGAUUUCGCUAUUGCGAGCAUAUCAGCUACUGGACAAGUCACCUGGACUACGGACAAGGAGGACAUCACACCGAAACAGAAAAGUGCUGUUCGGUCCUUCUCAGACAAGUUCACUCAGCCGUUCAGAUCUCAGCUCAGUCGUUUUACGCCGGGACGUUCAACUACCUCAUCCAGGGACAGAUCCAUGCGAGGGGAGAGGCGAAGCAGCAUCCAGGCGUCUGGCGAUCUAGAAUAUCCUGAGCUUGAGCUCCUUCCCACCACUGGUGGGUACAACGACCUUCGCGCGCUUGAGAGAGAGAUCAAUGAGAUGAAGGGGCUUACUGCUUCGAGAAAGCCAAUGACCUCGACCCAAGCUGACCAUCUCACCAAGCCUAGCCUGGCUGAGGGGAUGACCGGGGUCUUCGCACGGGACGGGAGCCUUGAUUUCGGACCAUUGAGGUUGACUGACAUGGGUGGCUUUGGAGAAGGGCAGACGAGCUGCACGCUCAUGCAUUUGCCUGUGACCCCGGCAUCGAAGGUUGGUCAUCUGGACCUGACUCUUGCCAAGAAUUCCAGUGACUCAUCUGGACGGAGAUAUGCAACACCUCUCACCCACAUCUCUUCUUGCCCAAAUGGCCUUUCUCAUUCCACUCCGCCUGACACCGCCUUGCAUCUACCGCUCACGGGGCUUCCGCCAAAUCUCGCGGAAAGUCCGUUCCCCGCUCAAGAACAUGGAAUGGUCGAAGCAAUACGAGAAGUCUAUCAGAUCCAGAGGCGGUCGUCCUUGCAUGAACCUGGACAUGAGGCUUAUGUCUGGCUCACGCGCACAGUCAUAGCAACCGACGUCACAUGUCUACAAUCAGCAUUUCUCGGUGUCGAGGCUUUAUGCAAGGUCAUAAUGAGCAACGUCUAUACUAUUGGCGCGGCGCGAACACACAGUAGCACAAAAUUAUGCUCACUAUCAGGACUGGGGAUACGAAAUGAGGAGCCUCUGGGUGGCUGCAGCAUAUCUACUGCUCGUCUGGAAGAUUUCGGACUUGACAAGACAAGACGUUGA